GUGAAUGGUCAGCCUGUUGAGUGUCAGUUUCUUGUAAAUGCUGUUGAGUGUCAAGUUUCUGUUCAAGCCUCGGUUCCCCGGUUACAGAAGCCUGUUGCUGGGGGGGGGGGUUCCCUGUGAAUGCUCAGCCUGUUACAGUUUGCUAAGUGGCUUUGAAUGGGAGAUGGCUUGAGUGGCCAGCACCCCCCGGACAAAGCGCCUGUAAUCCCAGGCUGUGUCGGUCCCCUGUGGAGUGGAGUGGAGUUGAGUUGAGUUUGAGGUGUUGGUUUACACUUCCUGUUGUGUGGUCGGUGGGUGUGGAGUACACUGGCUCGCCCAGUUUCCGGGUUUUUACCUGGGACAGCCAGCGCCCCAUUGAGCCGAGACAGACGGAGGAGAAGUUGAGCUGCGACAAUGUUGUGUGUGCGCCUCAGUCUCCGUCUCCUGCCCUGCUUUCUGUACCUGCUCCAGGUGCGCCGGGCUGCCGGCGACGAGCAGUGCCUGAGCAACUACGUCCUGGGCCGGGAUGACUUCGUGCUGGACACCGAAGACUCGGUGGCUGACGGAGCCACUUUCCUGGGCUCUCCCAAUGUCAGCCGUGCCCGAGACUGUGUGCGGAUGUGCUGCAGGAGGCCGGGCUGUAAUGUGGUCUUGCUGGAGGACCAGAACCAGAAAAGCCAACGGGACCCCUUGCUCAGGCAGGUCAGUGGCUGCUUCCUCUUCAACUGCCUCUACAACCAGGUCUAUGUCUGCAAGUUCUUCAGGAGAGAAGGCUUCAGUAACUUCAUACUGAACACCGUCCAUGAGGCCUACAUCAAACCUAGGAUACCUAGUGCAGGUGACAAACUACCAAGGGCAGAUGCAGGAAGAGACCGAAUUGUGCAGCCGAAUGAGCAAGUGAUGUUAAGUGGGUUGGCAAGUAGAGAUGACUUUAGAAUUGUCAGUUUUGAUUGGAAGCUCCUCGAGGGAGAUCCCUCUGUGAAGUUAGAGAAAACUCAACAUCAGGAUGAGCGGCUGGUGUCUAACCUGAAGGUAGGACAGUAUGUCUUUCAGCUGACUGUCAAAGACACGGCAGGCCAGAUGACCACUGACACCAUGUCCGUCACUGUCCUCUCUCCUGAACAAUCCGAGGAAUACUGCAAAGCAGACAAGAAGGUGGGGCCUUGCCGUGGGGCCUUCCCUCGCUGGCGCUAUGAGGCGGACAAGGGCAUCUGUGAGCCCUUUACCUAUGGUGGCUGCAAGGGCAACAAGAACAACUUUGUGGGCGAGCAAGAAUGCCAGCAGGCGUGCAGCGGUGUCAAAGCAAACAAAAAGUCUUCAGGCAGAUCAGGCUUGCCACAAUGCAUAGGGAACUGCGGUGAGGGCCAGUUCAAAUGUGAUGAUAACUGCUGCAUUGACAGUAACCUAGAGUGUGAUGAAACUCCACAUUGCAAAGAUAAAUCGGAUGAGGCCAGUUGCAAACACAUAAGGGAACGAUUCAACAAACUGCUGGAUAUAAAUAUUCCCAAGGAGAAAGCUCGCUGUGUGUACCCGCCCAUCACUGGCCAAUGCCGAGCUGACUUCAGCCGUUUUUACUACAAUCCCUACACCGUGUCCUGCGAGCGCUUCACAUACGGAGGCUGUGACGGUAACGAGAACCGCUUUGAAACAGAGAAGGCGUGCUUGAGUGCCUGCAAGGGGGUCACAGGAAAGGAUGUGUUUUCCCGAGGCUUCUUUGAAAGGCAGAAAGAAGAAAAGCAUUCAAAUGCUGGCAUUGCCAUUGCCGUGGUCCUAGCCAUCUGUAUUGCUGUGGUACUAGCCCUCGUGGUCUACUACCUGCUGAAGAUGAAGAAGCAGAACCGCCGGCAAACCAGUCUGCCCAGUUCCACCGAUUCCACGGAUGAAGCAAAGAAACUGGUGGCAUUGAAUUCGAAACCAGUCUGAGGCGGGCAGUGGCGAUAAUCCUCCCUUUAAGACUGUGGGUUGUUGGGGGUGGGGAGGGAGGGAGGGAGGGAAGGAAGCAUCAGGGCAUGAGCUGACACAUUCCUCUUUAUAGAUUAUAAAAACAAUAUUUCCUUUGAGCACCUGGAUUCCUUAUGGAUGAGGUUGCACUGACAGACAUUUUGUUUAGUCUGUACAGGUACUGGUCUGGUCGCCCAAUUGUCAAAACUAGAUUUGGCCCUGCUUGAGUAAACAACUUUUUCAUUCCUCUGUGGGAGUUCCUGCUCACACUGUCCUCCGUUUCUUGCUGCACUGAGAGUCAACAGUACCUGCCCCAUGGUGAGCACGCAAUUGGCCGUUUCCUCUGAAUGGCUAGGAAUCGGGGGCGUUGAACUAAGCAAGUCAGCUUUCAGGGCUGCUAGAUACAAUCUGGGAGAUGGGGAAUAUUGGGAAUUAAAGGUGAUAACAACAUCCCGACCUGGGAGUGAUCUUGACUUUCGACUUUUGAGUGCCUCCAACGUUCAGCCUCGGUGCACUGAGUCUUCUCAUCGCGUGAUGAGCUGGACCCCACAGUAAAAAUGGGACAGAGCUUGUUUCUGACUAUCACCCCCCCCCCCCCCCCCCCAUUGCCCCAUUCACAACUGCUGAAUAUCUGCCAAAUGAUUCAUGCACUGGUUAGUGUUAUUUCGCUGCUGGUAAACUGGGCUCUAUCGGAGUGUGAAAAUCGAACCACAGCAAAAGAAGUAAGUUGUAUUUUUGUCAGUCCUGCCUUUUGCUUUUCCAGUUUGUAUCCCUCCUCCCACCACCACUUCCACAUAUAUUUUUCUUUAUCUUUCUCACUCUUCCUGUUUGCUUUUGAUUCCACUUUCUUUCUCUCUUACAACCGUCCCCCCUCACUCACCCUCCAAACACCAACAACACACCAUUCCCAACACUUCCUGUCCCAAGGAAGAUAUCUCUUGCUUCCUUAAAUCUAAAGACUUCAUGGCUAUUGCAAAAAGCAUAGACUUCCUGGAUCUUGGGGGUCUUCUCUAUCUGACAACCCCCAGCCUGUAACUGUUGCUACAAAGUCUUUGUGACUCCAUUAUGUUCCUUCUACCUUGUCUCUUCAAAAUGUUUCUCCUUGCUCUGUCAGAAACAUUGCUCAGUAAAGUGUGUGUGUGUGUGUGUGUGGGGGGGGGUUCCUGGCUCUCCAAUCUGGAUCCCGGGCGGAAGCAGCUCGAAGAUCUGCGAGCCAACCCUGGGAUUGGAUGGAUGUGUCUGAUUGCAUGUACAUCUGCUUCCCGUUUUCUGGUUUGGGGGACACUGUGAACAGAAAGGGAGGAGACACUCAUGAGAUCAAUAUGAUGGCUUCCUGUAGAAGAAAAUUGGAAUUCUACAAAGUAGAGAACAGAUUAAUAAUCUCAAUGAAUAAUUAAAUAUGUACAGAUAGAGAUAUCCAUUGUGUUGUUCCUGUUUAUUGGCUAGUUGUUGGGACUUAUGAUAAAUACACCCCUAACUUAUUUUUGUCAGCCAAGCAAGUGUCUGGCAUACAGAUGGAAACUCCUCACCAUGUUGCACAGUUACUCAUCUACAUUAUAGUCGUUGGCCAUUGGAAUGUGUCUUGCUCCCUUAAAUUUAAAAACUUCAUGGCUAUUGCAGAAAGCCUAGAACUCCUCAAACAAGUGUGUGCAGGGUCUCUAGAAAGCUAUCCAGCUCCAAUGGCUCAAUGGAAAUCCUCGCUCUCAUCCCCCCCCCCCACCAUUAUUCCUUGAUAACCCUCUCCUUGCCGAAACUUGCCUGUUAAUCCGUUAAUAAUCUGACAACGGAAGGGAAGUGGUUCCUCUCGCAGUCAUCACUCGAAAACAUUGGGUUACUACUGGUGAUCUAGGCCAUGUAAUGGUACAUGCAAUCAUACGCAUUCCCCAAUCUCAUCGUGAGCAGCUUGUGUGAAAGUUGAGUUGUUCUGGUUGAGGUUUUUGUUCCCCUCCCCCAUUGCUUAUAAAUCGGGAAUUGAUCCUCUGCUCAUGGAGAGGCACACAGGGUCAAACUGUAGUGCCCAUCCUUAGUCUCAGUUAGAAUCAUAGGCCCAACAUCAUCGCGUUUGCAGUCAGUCAAUGAAUGCAUUUCUAAUAACAAGUUCACUCCCUCAGGCUGAAGCGUCAAAGUCAAUUUACCGUGUUGGAGCACUCAAAGGGUUAAUUCAGGCUACUGUAAUUGUAAUGCUCCCAGCGUUUUUUUUAAAUUAAGUUGUUUAUUUACAUUGAGCCACCGUAGAAUUAUUCCACAAUAUCCAAUGCCAUUCGAAGGAAUACCAAUCUGUGGCCCCGGAAACAGUAUCGAUAAUUCCCUUCCAUUCCAAAUAUAUUGGAUCCGGGGAUGAUGCUUAGCGGCUUCUGUCCCUGCUUUUCCUUUGAGAAGUCUGGUUUCUGGAUGUCUAGGAACCAUUAAGAUUAAGUCCAAGGGAAGUCUAGGUUGCUAUCAUGCUGCGCUCUUCUUUCCACUACAUUUUUAUUAGCCACAGUUUUAACUUCUGUUUCCUGCAGAAUCUAUCUUGUCCUCCUACUCCAAGUUACUGAAGUGACAUGUUAAGGUGCUACCCUUUGCAGCAUCCGUUGGUACGUUUGUUUGAGGGGGAAUAGGCUGAGCCUGAUCCUGUCUAUUUGUGUAUAUGAUUUUGUACGUGGGGUGGGGUGUGUGUGUGUGUGUUUGUGUGUGCGUACGCAAGACAUGAAUCUGCGAUUCAGAUGUACUGGUGUCACAACUGCUAACUCAGCAGUACCCCGUUAACUCCACAAAGAUUGGUGAUCACACCUUUAAUCCUUUCAGCUAAGCCUUGAGGCCAUCAACUGCCUUUGGAUUUGCAGCCAAAUAAUCCACACGACUAAUUAACACUGAAACAGGGUCUGUGCACCAUACCCUGAAUCAACUAUCGCAGGAACUAUUUUGUAUCUGGUUUCCCUUUUUUCUUUCUCCACUCUCCUAUACAUAGGCCUACCCCCAAUCUCCAAAAAUUGUUGAUAGCAUCAAGCUGCCUUGCCAGCAGUCAGGACUCGGUGGAAGCUCUUUGAGUCAAAAUGUUCUGGGUUCAGGUCCAUUCCAGAGACUCAAACACAUGACCCAGGCUGACUGUCCCAGUGCAGUAUUGAGACAGCGAGUGCUGUCUGCCAGGUGAGAUCUUAAAUUAUAUCUGCCCUCCUCAGUGGAUGGCGAAGAUCUCAUCGACACCUCUUGAGGGAGAGCAAGAGAGUUCUUCUCCUCUGAAUGCUGGUCAGUAAUUACUUCCCAACCAACAUCAUUGAAGCGUAGUUUAUCUAUGCACGUCUCUUUGUGAAAUCUUGCUAUGUUUUUAAAAGAAAUAAAUUGCUGUGAUGGAUGUAUUACACAGUGACUGGUUCAAAAACAAUGACCUUUGCUUGUCGAAAUCUCUGGAAUAAGUAUGAUAUAAAUUCAGGACAUAUUUUUCUAAGCAUUCCAGACACUUUGCAGAGAGAAAACGCAUGCCUUGUAUUGCCUGUACCGCAUGAAGUUAAGAGUCCUUUUGAAAAGUGUGCGGGUCUUGGUGGAUUGUGGUUUAACAAAGCUAUUGUCUUGACUAAGUAGCCGAGAGCAGGGGCUAAAAAGCAGAAUGCACAGAACAAAGGCAAUCAUCUGAACUUGACUAGCCACAAUUUUACACAGUCAGAAUGUCACCUAUGAGUGAGAAGCAAGGUAGACCUCACAGGACAGAGUACAUCUUACAGCAUGCUGCAUUCUCUGCAAACAAUCCGUUUGACCAGCAUACUACAUCAAACAGCCUACAGAGUCUAUUGUUUCUAAGAAAAGGUCUCUAGCACUACAGAGAACUGCCCAAGCCCAAAUUCUUGUAACUUCACCAGUUUCAAGCCAAGUGAAGGCUCCUAGCAAAUGCAGUGAGUGGAGAAUAUACACAGAACAACUUUGAUCAUCUGAACGAGACAGGUGGGGAGUAGUUUGCUUGGACAACUGAUUGUUCGGAUAACGUUUUUACGGGACCUUGAGAUCCUGUUUGGAUAAUCUGAAAUUCAAAUAAUUGAUGUUCGGAUAACUGAGGUUGUACAUGAUACAAAUUAGAGUGUUGAAAUUGAUCCCAUUUAGUUGCAGAAGAUGUCAUUGAUGAGGAAUAUUCCCUAUCAUCUCCGUUCGGCCUAGAACUUAUGUCCUGUGUACAGAAUAUUGUAUGUUGGACGUACUUUGGCUUUAGCAAUGUAUAUUAUAAAGUGUCAUUAAGCUUUCACUCACAAAAGGGAAAAAUGAAACCUCUUCCCUUUUCACAGAAGCAAUUUUGGCACAAUAUCAGUGCACAUGCAUAUAGGCCUUUGUUUUUUAAUGUGUUUUCUCUGGAAAUCCUAAUAAUUUUGUCUGUCUUUAGGAAAGAUGAUUAUGCUAUAUAAUUUCUUUCUUGUAAGCGCCAAGUAUUCUGUUUUGUUUAAAUGCGAUCUGUCUAGACUUGAAUGUAUUUUUUGCUUCCAGUUUCCAUGUUUUAUUUGUAUAUUAAAGUAUGUAUUUUUAGACCAAGGA